AUAUAGGCAAACCCUUCUGUUACCACAUAUUUUCAAGCUAACUGGCGAUAUGACAAACACAGUUUAUUCAAAACUAAUCCACUUUCCGCUUGAUAAAAUGCAAAACCACAGCACAUCAAAAAAUGAAGAGUAUAUCGUUGCAAAUUGCUUUUGAGCUUACUAUAUAUAUUUUAUAUGGAUUUCAAGCCGCCGAAAAAUAUUUUACAUGGGUUGUAAUCAGUUGUAGUGUCAUUAUUAUUUUAAUAGCAUUUUCCUUGAUGAUCAUUACGUACUGUACGUGUUGUAGAAACAUGGACUACUCUUCUAAAAAAUACGAGAAAAAAUCGUCAGAGGAAAACACAAGUCUGAACCAAACAUACAAACGUUACAGUGUUGUGGAUAAUGGCAAUCUUUUCAAAACAAGAAUGUCGCAAUAUAGUACGGAUACUGACCACGAAUUUAGCUAUUAUGACACCAUUAAACAUAAUAAUCGGCCAGCGAGUGAAGUAGCCACCAUGAGGAUGCUUCAAUGACAUGUUACAAUAAUGUACAGUAAAUUAUACGAUAAACAGAUGAGUUCGCGUGAAAUACUACCAAUAAAUUUCCUGUAAAUAUUUACACAAGUGGAAAUGUUUCAGAAGCAAAUAUCAUUUUCCCUAUUAGUCGUGACGAAAAUGCACUUCCGUCACCACUUAUCAUUCCGUGAUUCAUGUAUAAUUUGAUAAGUUCAGUGUAAAUGGUAAUUUUGAAUGUGCGAGACGUUUUUCAAGUGUUGGAAUGGAUCUGGUCGAAAGCUUCAAAGCCCACCCCAGUGUGCUAAUAAUAAUAAUUGGACUUGUGGCCACGAUUGCAUCAGCGAUUUAUGUUUGCAUCCACCGAAAGGAAUACAAAGAUAAAGUCCGAAGCUACGAAUUCAACGAAGAGGGACAAAGACUGUCAGUGAUAAGUGAUUACAGCACUAAUGGGGAGUAUACGUUUUUCCGAGGGUCACCUACGAGCAGUCGCACGUCUUUCCAUUAAUUAUCUCGAAUUUAUCUAAGUUUUGUGUUGACUUUGCUACUGGCCUUCUGCAUUUUCGCUUUCUUUGUGAAAGAUAAACUAAAACGGCGAAACAGCGACGAAACAACAAAGGACGUGUUUGAGGCUAAAGUGAGGGAACUGAUAAGCCCGUCUGAGUCAGAUGAUGAGAGUUCUGAGGACUGAAACGAGUUCUAACUGCAAAAUCGGGCCCAGUUCCCAGUGCAUUUAUUUAUUUUGGUCCGUAGAAAGGAUGCCAUGUAUGUGUUAAUAUUUUCAUCCAAGUAUGUUAUUGAGGUACAGUUAGGAGCGCGUAUUUGUGUUCCGUUAUGUCACAGAAACUUCAAAUUGCGCACACGAGAUGUAAAUGUCGAUAUUACGAAAGUCGGAAAAAAUUGAAGCGAAUCAGGGAAAACAAGGACGUUUACUAGAAAUCGCCAUUAUUCGUGUGUAGGAAGCAUUUAGCAUUGUUAAACCGUAAUUGAGCGAGUACAGUUAAUCACUGCGGAGCCCUCCAAACGUUCAAAUCUCGCCAGAAGACAGAUGGUAGAUUGAGCGCUAGGAAAGGAUUGCUGUACCCGUGACAUAUUUGUUUUGCAACAUGACCGGAAAUGUGAAAAAUUCACUUAAAUGGAGGUUAAAAGUCGUCAAGAUCAAAUGUCGUUUAUAAGGAGAAAGCAAAGAAUGCAAGGCCCAGAGGAAUGAUAAUGGGAAAAGUGAUCACAGGAAGAAAGAAAAAGUUUCGAGGAUCUUCAAAUUGCUGUAAUACGGUUUUAAGAUGAAUAAAUACGUCAAAUUGGCUACGCUCAUUCAGUGCAUGAAAUGUAGGUGCGGUGCUACCCGGAAGAGUUAAUUUUAUUAAAACCACAAAAAUACACUAAAAUGUGGCAAAUCAAACACAUGAUGACACAAAUAGGAUCAUCAAGCCGAGAACAAAAGUACAUUAAAUCGAACUCUUGACUAACUAAUUUAACGCAUAUUAUGCUCGUAUACAAAAUUCGUUAGUGUUUCAAAUUUAAGUACACAUAGCGAAUUUAAUGGAAUAAUCAGUGCAAUUGGAUAAUUUGCGUUGAUAAGGAAUUGGUUCCAGACGAUUCGACGACAAUAAACUCGGGAGCCAAAAUUACUUUUUUACCUGCCAAUUAUUCCAACAGCAAGAAAAAAGUCGCUUUUUCUCCCGUGAUUCAAUUUAUUCCUUCCUCCCUUGUGGCAAAUCAAAAUUCUGAUUAGUUGAACUUUCUAUUUUCAAAACAAAAAAUACUGAAACUACUGAAAUUGCAUCAUCUGCAACUUCGUGUAAAGAUAAGAAAGAACAUUGCAUUGAAGAUGAUAAAAUUCAAAUCGAUUUACGUCAUUAACAGCCCGAGAAAUGCUACAUUUAAAAGGCGUUGAACCCAAAUCCGGCUCUGAUUCCAAAAGUAACCAUCUCGAACUCUUCGCCGGAACACAAUUUAAUUUCUUAUGACUCAAUACUUUCUUAACAUUACAACCGGACCUUGACAGAGACAAUAAAAAAUUAAUUUUGAAUACUUAUUGUUAUUCGUCAACAAAUUACUGUGACAAUAAACUUUCAACAAGAUUAUUUAACCCGUCGUUAUAAAAAUUUCCAAAAUUAAUGAAAUUGGGUAAAAACGGUAUCGUAAACUAGGAGACAUAAAAAAAGGAAUUUAUAAUAACAGUUAAAUAAUUUACUUAGCGCCAAAUAACGCCGUUAUAUUUGCCAAAAGAGUUAACCUGAUGGGUUGAUCCGUUUUUUCUAAUCAUGAAUAUUGAACACAUGAAAUAAUUUAAAGUUUAUUCCCUCAAGUUCAUGGCAGUUUGCGCCAAUUAACAAACCCAAUUCCUUAAUAGAUCAUAUGCAAUUAAAUCAAAUUAACAAGUAAGUAUGAGCGGUUCCCAACAAGUGAAAUUCACAACACUAACCAUCUCCACAAGAUGCCAUCAAGUUUUGCUACCGCUGUGGCCACUCCGUACUGGCGUUUCCUACAACAGAUGUACAAGCAAUCAGUUGGAUGGGCCCUUUUCGCCCUUCUAGUCAGCAGUUCGAUAGUCAGCACAAUAUCGUACCCUUCAGACGGCGGCUUCGUCCCCGUCCGAACCCCCCAACUGCCCGCGCAAAGGAUAGAACGUAAGUUCGCCGAAAAGCCGAACGCUAUCAAAAAAGUAGCCCUCGAUGAUUUAGAUGACAUCCAAACCAACCAGAUUUCCGAAAACGGAGGCGGCGGCUUCUCCUGGUCUAACCUUCUAGGUAUGCUCAUGCAGAUGAUCUUCAGUCCCGGCGGCGCCCACCAAGGGCCCAACAAAUCCGAAGGCUUGGACGACACAGGCGUUGCGCCUUCCCCAUGGGCGAACUUGCUCUCCGUUGGUCUGAAAAUCCUCACUGCGAUUCUUGGAGGCGGCGCGGGCGGAAACAGCGACGGCAUCGACAAAGUCGACAACGGGUCCCCUAUGCAGGGCGUUCUGGCGGCGAUUCUUUCAACGGUGCUUGGAGCUAGGGACCCAAAUCAGGUCAACAUGAUGGCUAAGCAAGCUGGGGAGUUCAUCAACAUCGUGGUGAACCUCUUGGACGCUCUGAAGACAUCCUUCUCCCACCGGUCCAUGGCAGCCAGAAACAUCGGCAAGAAGGACUCGAUUAGCGACGCCGCCGUCGCCGGGAUUGCCAUGAUGAAGGGCUACGUGAGGUCGCUGUCCACCGCAGACAGCAAGUGCAUGCAGAAGUACAUGUGCGAUGCUAACAGCGAAUGCUCGACAGAUGUUGGCCAAAGCUCUCUCUUCUGUCACCUCGGAAGUUAUGCGGCUAGCUUCAUUUUGGACCGAUCGACGAGCUCCACCACCUUUGAUUUACUCUACGAAGCUGGAAGGCGAGGAAGAUCCGGGGACAACUGCCGUCAAGCAUACUUGGAAUGCAACGAAGUUUGAAACUCCACUUUAGAAUCACACAUAUCCAAAAUCAGCAAUAAUUUAUUUGUAAAAUAGUAUUUAUUUUUUUCAUUGCAUGGCACAUGAUUUUAAUCGGAAAUCGAUGGAAAUCAAGGACUGGUCCGAGCUUUGUUAGUGGAUGCGGUUAUUUUUUAUCAUUUAUGAAUGCUGUAUGAAUGGAUGAAUGAGCAGCGAAUGGGGUUCAUGUACAGUAUAAAUUAUAACUCGAUUACAAUAAAGUUUAUUUAUUCAUUAAAACCUCCAUUAUUUUUUACUUAAAUAGAACCAAAUUUAAUCCUAAGGAAGUUUCACCAAAUUGAGAUAACAACCCUGCCUUGCACAGUUAUCACAACAUUUUGGUUAAACUUAGAAAUAAUCCAUUGUUAUGAUUAUGUUAAGUUAAUAAAUGUUUCUAUGUACAAAA